GGCCCGGGCCCGCCAUGGCCAAGCAGUACGACGUGCUGUUCCGGUUGCUGCUGCUCGGGGACUCGGGCGUGGGCAAGACCUGCCUGCUUUGCCGGUUCACCGACAACCAGUUCCACCCCGCCCACAUCUCCACCAUCGGUGUUGACUUCAAGAUGAAGACCAUCGAGGUGGAUGGGAUCAAGGUGCGGAUACAGAUCUGGGACACAGCUGGCCAGGAGCGGUACCAGACCAUCACCAAGCAGUACUACCGGCGGGCACAGGGCAUUUUCCUGGUGUACGACAUCAGCAGUGAGCGCUCCUACCAGCACAUCGUGAAGUGGGCCAGCGACGUGGAUGAGUAUGCCCCUGAUGGCGUCCAGAAAAUCCUCAUCGGGAAUAAGGCGGACGAGGAGCACAAGAGGCAAGUGCCCAAAGAGCAAGGGCUGCAGCUGGCCAGGGAAUACGGGAUGGAUUUCUACGAGACCAGCGCCUGCAGUAACCUCAACAUCAAGGAGUCCUUCACGCGGCUGACGGAGCUGGUGCUGCAGGCACAUCGCAAGGAGCUGGACGAGCUGCGGGGGCCACCCCGUGCCCCCACCCUGGCCCGGCUGGAGGAGGAUGAGCAGCAGCCCCUGGGGAGCGAGGACACCCCCAAAACCUGCUGGUGUUGAAGGCUGGGACCCCCCUGACCCCUCCUCCCCAGGGUGUGUUCCCCAGGGUGUGUCGGGGGGCAUGGUAGGGGCAGGACUGGGGCAGCCCCCAUGGAGUAGGGGGCAACACGGGACACCCCCAGGGACAGGGUGGAUGGAAAGGUGGCAAGGGGGCCCCCCCAUCCUGGCACCUGUGCCCCCCUCGGUUUGCAGGUAGGGUGGGGGCUGUCUAGGCGCUGUGUGCCCACUCCGUGCCACCCCAUGCCCGUGGGACCCCUGGUUUUACA